UUGUUUGAAAUAUUGUUUGAUUUUGAUCGAACGACAAUGGUGCGCGCUUGGUACAUGGACAACAACACCGACGAUCAACGAUUGGAACAUCACCGGCAACCGCCGAAAUUCGUAUCGCUGGAAGACCUCUUCACGCUUACGGGUGUCGAGUAUUUUCAGAUAAAUCAUUUAAACUAUGGAAUGGAUGCAACCCUGAAAACAUUAAGAGAGAAUCGUGGUUAUUCGUACGAAGAUGAGAUAACGUGCUCCAAAGAGUGUUUGCAAAAUUAUGAAGAAAAGUUAAAACAUUUUUUCACCGAACAUCUUCACACCGACGAGGAGAUACGUCUAGUUCUGGAUGGAUCAGGGUACUUUGAUGUACGAGACAAGGAAGAUCAAUGGAUCCGCAUCGCAGUGACGGCUGGUGAUCUCAUAAUUAUACCCAGUGGGAUUUAUCACCGUUUCACAUUGGAUACUAAUAACUAUGUAAAGGCCAAACGAUACUUCAUUGGUGAGCCAGUUUGGUUGCCGUACAAUAGACCAGCUGAUGAAAUGGAAUGCCGAAAACAAUAUCUGAGACAAUUACAUAAAGGCUUUCAAGCGCCUUCACUUUAACAUUUUAAUAAUUUUCGAUGCUCGGAUAGGAGGGAGCGAGACAUAAUGGCCACUGGACGCGAUAGGCGAUGAGCGACAUCCAAUGAGAGCUCUGCUAGAGAUAGAGAUAGAGAGUUUGGAAAAGUAGAGCUCUCAUUGGAUAUCGCGUUUAGUAUGCAGUGGCCGAGUGGCCAUGAGACACAAUUUUCUCUUUAACAAUUUGGAGUCAAUAUUAUAAAUAUAUGAGCUUCCAUGAAAGUAUAUCUUUUUAUACUUUAUAUACGAGUACGUAUAUAUAUAUUCUAUAUGUCAAAAUAUAUAUUACAUAUGCAGUACGUUUAUAUGAAACUAACGUUGUAAUUACAAUAAUAAUUGCAAUCCUUGUAAUGCAAAAUAAAAGCAGCUAUAUAUUCAAUCUCU